AUGGCAUCCGCCUCGCAAUACAAAGUUCGUGUUCACAUGAAUGGUGAGACUUACCACUGCGACACAAACGGUUUUCUAUUUAGAAACACUAACUCAACACGUUUUUCUCUAAAUAGAAAAGCGGAUUUCUCGUAUCUAAAAAAGAAAAUCGAAUCCAAAAUUAGAGAACCAGUCUCUCAAAUAUUUUACCAACAACCCUUAGUCGAACCUAACAACUCGGUCAAGUUUUAUCAAUCACAGAUACAAACUGACAUAGAGGUUCAAAACAUGUUCCUUACCCAUGAGUAUUAUGGUUAUGAUUAUCUGGAGCUGUACAUAGUGGUUGAACAAAUUGUUCCGUCGCAAAAUAUGCAGUCACAGGUUAUUGAUCCUGUUGUUGAUGACGAACAACAACCCGAAGAUGUCGUCGAUGAAGAAACUGAAAUAGAAGAUGUCGUUGAUGAGUUGGUGAACCGUGAUUCCGAAGAUGAAGAACAAGUUCCAGUACCUGAUACGCAUGCAUAUUCACCUCCAGCGCACUUCACAACACUUAAUUUGGGAGAGGAUGAGCCAUCGUCUGAUAUGUUCUACAAUCAAUAUACGAGGUCAGACGAGGAGUUAAAAGAGGGUGACACGUUUCGUUCGAAGGAUGAUUGUAUGCUAGCUAUACAAAACUGGCACUUAGCGAAAUGUGUUGAUUUCAAAGUUGAUUGCUCAAAUCCAGAGAGAGUCACUAUUUUGUGCAGAAACCCGGAGUGUGGAUACAUGCUGAAGGCAUCAUUUAGGAAGAAAUUUAAUGCGUGGGUGAUACGUUCGAUUUCUCAAGGCCACACUUGCGUCAACACAAAUAUGGCGCAAGAUCAUCGGAAACUAAGUCAUUACAUGAUAUGUCAUACCAUCAUACCUCUCGUCGAAGCUGACCCAUCACUGAAGGCACGCUUCUAUUGA